UAUAAAUACAGCUUAAACCUGACCUGCUGUCAUUAUGAACGCACAUAGUCUGAAUCACAGAAGGAAUACAUUGGAACAAUGACAGACUUACAGGUCAUCAGCUAUGACUCUCAUCUCACUGCCAAUAAACCAAAUCAUCGCACCAAUGCUUAUGACUCUGGUGACCCAAUCUUGAGACGAGGACAACCAUUCACCAUGACCUUCAACUUUAACCGCCCUCUUCAGUCAGGAGAAAAUUUAAUAUUUACCUUUGAUAUUGGUCCUUCUCCAUCAGAGAGCUACAGAACAAAAGCAGUGAUUCCUCUGUUUGGGGCUGGAAAUAAGAGCUCAUGGAGUGUGAUCUUGCUAUCCAACAGCAAUAAUACCAUUAGUGUGACUAUAAACAGCCCUUCAGACGCUGUGAUUGGACAUUACAUUAUGAGUAUUACUGGAAACUCUGGCAGGCCACAGCCCAUUUGUGGAUUGUAUCUCCUCUUUAACCCUUGGAUUCAAGGGGAUGACGUAUUUUUACCCGAUGAGAGUGAGAGACAAGAAUAUGUUCUGAAUGAAAAAGGAGUGAUAUUUGUGGGAAGUGAACAUAGCAUCUCACCUCUGUCUUGGAGCUAUAAUCAGUUUGACAGGAGCAUGAUUGAGAUUUGUCUUACUGUAUUGGACAAGAGCGUUAACUACAAAAAAGACCCAGUUUUGGAUGUUUCCCAAAGAAAUGAUCCGCUCUAUGUAUGCAGGGUAGUCCAUGGAACGUUGAACAGUAAAGAUGAAGAUGGUGUUCUUGUGGAAAACUGGAGCGGGUUCUAUGAUGAUGGGAUCUGUCCCACCAGCUGGAAUGGAAGCUCCGUCAUCCUGAAAGAUUGGUAUUAUAAGGGUUUUAAGCCUGUGAAAUAUGGACAAUGCUGGGUGUAUGGUGGAUUACUCUGCACAGUAUUCAGAUGCUUAGGCAUUCCAACAAGGGUAAUCACCAACUUCAACUCUGCCCAUGACAAGAAUGCAAACCUGUUUCUAGAUAUGUCUUAUAACAGCCAUGGAACAAGCAAUGAGCAGGAUAUGAUAUGGAAUUUCCAUGUCUGGAAUGAAUCCUGGUUCACCCGUAAGGAUCUUGGCCCAGCCUAUAAUGGUUGGCAGGUUAUGGAUGCAACACCACUGGAGUUAAGUGAAGGAUUUUAUCGCUGCGGGCCUGCGCCACUGGUGGCCAUUCGGGAAGGAGAUGUUGACCUCAAGUAUGACGUUGGCUUUAUGUUUGCUUCAGUUAAUGCUGACCUAACACAAUGGAUAACAUUUAGUGAUGGCACUAAAAAGAGAGUCUCUAAUGACACCAAAUACAUUGGAAAAUAUAUCAGCACAAAGGCCGUGGGGAGUGAAGACCGUAUCGAUGUCACACACAUGUACAAGUACCCAGAAGGGUCCUUUGAGGAACGGGCGAUAUUUAACAAGGCAAUUGACAAGUUGUUACAGAGUCCUUCUGUGGAUUUUGAGAAAAAAUUGGAACUUUUUAGAAGAAAAGAGGAACAUAAACCAGAUCAAAGAAUGGCGCUGCGUGGAGCAUUUUCUUUGUUCCAGAAACCAAUGCUUGGACAGGACAUACAUAUGAUACUGAGCCUAAAAAACACGACAUCAGGGAGUAUCAAAGUGAUUGUGAACAUGACCGCAUCCAGCAUUCUGUAUACUGGGAAACACAAGCAUGAGAUCUGGGCAGAUGCAAAGGUUCUUCCUCUUCAUCCUAAUGAUGAAAAACUCAUAUCCAUCACCCUGACAUAUGCCAUGUAUGAGAAAUAUGUGAGUGAAGACAACGUGAUCCGUAUGACAGCUUUGUGUGAGGUUGAAGGGACAGAGGAACGUAUUUUACUGGAAAUGGAUGUAAACUUUGCGAAGCCUUCGAUGAGCGUCCAGGUUCCAAAACAUAUUGUUCUUAACAGAGAGGUCAGAGCAGAUGUUAUAAUCAUCAACACCUUACCUGAAAUACUGAGCGUCUGCUCAUUGCUCCUUGAAGGAAGUGGACUUGUUAAUGGAGUUCUUCAGAAAGAGCUGCCAGCUUUAAAUCCUGGUGCAAAGAUCCAAGUCAGUUUUACACUCAGUCCUUCCAGGAUCGGCAACAGGACAUUGACAGUGACCCUCAAUUCUGACAAGAUAAAAAAUGUUAAAAGCUCCUAUCAGGUCUUCGUGACUGGGGCUCCCUGAUUCUAUAGAUAGACCUAACUGACAUAUUUUUUUUUUUUAGCACUGCCUGUGCCACGAAAAUAUUAAUAUGACAGGAAGACUUGAAGUAAUAAUAAUAUAGCACCCUUAUUCUUGCCAACACUGUGCCUAAUACUAGUAUUAAUUAAAAAAACGGCCACAAUUGGGCUUUUGCAAAAAUCUGAAUAUUCAGAACUAAAGCCCUGCUUCUGGCUCCUAAAAAAAAAAA